AUGGACCACACACCAAUAGCUGAGACGCCUCCGUCGCCCUCCGUACCCUCAGGUAGUAAGACGCCUCGGAAAGUUCAAUGGUUAGAUGAACGAGAGACGCGCCUGCUCGACGAACAGGGUUUGAAUCCUGAAGCCUUUGAAACCCUCGCUGCUGCUUUGGAAAGACAUCGUUCGACAUCUCAAGUUGGAAGUCUACAUGAGGCGACAACUUCGGCUCACCAAAAUAAUAUUUCGGUGUCCGCUGGGGCCACACCUCCCGAAUUCUCUGAAAGCAAUGCUUCCUGCCCCCCUUCUCCUCCCAAAGCAAACGUUCCGGAUAAUUACAUCGACCCCAGCGAGUCUGCGGGCGUCCCUCUCCGAGAUAAUCCGACUUCUCAUGCUGAAAAGCAGGCCAAACAGGUCGUUCGCGCGCACACGCGUAAACGUUACUUCGCAGGUCUUCGUCGAAAAGCUCAACCUUCUAUUCAUGGAAAGUUCGACGUUGAUGAUGGCAUUAAGAAGAGGGACUGUGGCACCCAAUCGAUAGCAUCAAGGACGUUGAGAAAUUGGGAGAGCAUGAAUCCCGAAGACCCAUGGGUGGAGCAGUUCCCCUCUGGAGCAUCGACACCGAGUCGGAGAAGCUCGAUCAGCGAGGACGGUGAAGAUCGGGAUGAAAGCUGGAGAGCCCCUCGAAAUCGACGAGAAAGAGCGAGCAGAGGCAACGAUGCAAAUACCGCACCUCCGUCUCCUUUGGUUCGUGAAAUCAAUCUAGACAAUCCAGAAGUCACGCCGCAAAGGCCAAAAUACCACCUACCCAGGCAUUCUCUAGAUAGUCAUAUGUUCAGGCGAUCAGUCCCAGUACCUCGGGACACCGAACUCCCUCACGGCAUACGUACCAGUGACCUGACCCAAAACACCUCUUCUUCUUCAACGGAGUCGGCUACAUCUCGGGCGAAAUGGGGACAGAAACUACGCGAUUUACCCUUCGCUCCGUCCGUACUCAGCCUCUCGCACGGCGGCUGGAGCGGGCGAUCGACACCAACCACGGAUGACGAAGAAUGGAGAGAGAACGAGAAACGUGAAAGGCGAAGAAAAAGAAAAACGAAGGAGAUACGGAUCACACGUCAUGUCGCCGAGAUUAUCAAGCGGCAAGAAUUCAUUCUGAAACUGGCACGCGCUAUGAUGAUGUUUGGUGGGCCCUCGAAUCGCUUGCAAGCUCAGAUCCAAUCGACGGCUCGCGUGUUGGAUAUCCCUCUCAGUUGCAUGUACUUGCCAGACGUUAUACUCAUCAGUUUCGACGAUAACAUCACUGUGACGAGUAAUGUCAAGUUGAUUCGCCAGUCAAGUGCCCUUGAUCUUGGAAAGCUCAAAGCUGCGUAUCGAUUAUACUGGAAGGUGAUUCACGAUGAUCUAUCGGUCGAAGAGGCGUCACCGCAGCUUGACGAGCUGAUGUGCGGUCCACCGACAUAUAGAGCGUGGCAAUCGAUACUCAUCGGCGGCAUGUGUUCAUCUGCCAUUUGUACCGUGGGCUUCAAUGGUAGCUUCAUUGAUGCCUUGGUAGUAUACCCAUUGGGGGCUCUUCUAGUCGCAAUUCAACUACUCAGCGUUCGGAACGAGCUAUACUCCAAUGUCUUCGAGAUUACCAUUGCGACUCUGUUGAGCUUUCUGUCUGCCGCUCUCGCUGAAACCCAUAGGUUCUGCUACUCAGCGGUGGCAUCCGCGUCUGUCGUCCUCAUUCUCCCUGGUUUCAUCGUUCUCUCCGGGGCCCUCGAACUCAUGUCCCGCAACAUCGUCGCUGGAUCUGUUCGGCUAUGCUAUGCGGUCAUGUAUUCUUUGUUCCUAGGCUUUGGCCUUGCUAUUGGGGCAGAGGCAUACCAGACGAUCACGGACAAUCGCAUUGUGGGUGCAGAAGACUAUACGUGCGUUCAAAGUCACGAUCCGGAGGGCAUGUGGUAUCAGCAGACUCCGAGUAUCUACUGGGCAUUUCUCAGCGUGCCAUUGUAUUCGUUCUGUCUCAGCAUGAGGGUACAAAUGCCAUGGAAAUGCAAAGAAAUGAUUCUGCUCGUUCUAAUUUCAUGCAUCGGCUGGGUUACCAACCAUUUCACUGCUCAAAAGUUCCGGAACCAAAAUGAUAUUAGCGCUGCUUUUGGCGCCUUCGCCGUGGGUGUCGUUUCUAACGUUUAUGGUCGCUUCUUCUCCGGGAAUGCUUUCGUGGUCAUGAUAACUGGCAUAUUGUUCCAACUUCCAUCAGGCCUAGGUUAUGGGGGUCUCCUUACAUUUGCCUCGCAGCAGUCCUCCGGCUUCUCGUCAUCUUAUGUCUCUGGGUUCCAAACAGCCUUACAGCUUAUCUCUGUGGGGAUAGGCUUGUCCGUUGGACUAGGUAUUUCUUUGGUCGUGGUACACCCAAUUCAGUCACGUCGCAGGGCUGGCGGCGUCUUCAGUUUAUAA